UCUGGAGGCUUCUUCAUGGUGUCUUCUCCAACAGUUCAGUUUCUGGAUUCAGAGAGUGUGUAUGAACAACAGUGUUGGUUUCUGAUAUCUAAUCCAUCCUACCUUGUUUCACAGCUUAGAGCAAUAAAUGUAGAUCUUCAAAGUGAUGCUGCCCUGCAAGUGGAUAUUUCUGAUGCUCUUAGUGAGAGGGAUAAAGUGAAAUUCACUGUUCAUACAAAGAGUUCAUUACCAAAUUUUAAACAAAAUGAAUUUUCUGUUGUUCGACAACAUGAGGAGUUUAUAUGGCUUCAUGAUUCCUUUGUUGAAAAUGAAGAUUAUGCAGGUUACAUUAUCCCACCAGCACCACCAAGACCUGAUUUCGAUGCUUCAAGAGAAAAACUACAGAAACUUGGUGAAGGAGAAGGGUCAAUGACUAAAGAAGAAUUCACAAAGAUGAAACAAGAACUAGAAGCUGAGUAUUUGGCAAUAUUCAAGAAGACAGUUGCAAUGCAUGAAGUCUUCUUGUGUCGUGUUGCAGCACAUCCUAUUUUGAGAAAAGAUUUAAAUUUUCAUGUCUUCUUGGAAUAUAAUCAAGAUUUGAGUGUACGUGGAAAAAAUAAGAAAGAGAAACUUGAAGAUUUCUUUAAAAAUAUGGUUAAAUCAGCAGAUGGUGUCAUUGUUUCAGGGGUAAAGGAUGUAGAUGAUUUCUUUGAACAUGAACGAACAUUCCUUUUAGAAUAUCACAAUCGCGUUAAAGAUGCAUCUGCUAAAUCGGAUAGAAUGACAAGGUCCCAUAAAAGUGCUGCAGAUGAUUACAAUAGAAUUGGAUCUUCACUUUAUGCAUUAGGAACACAGGAUUCUACAGAGAUAUGCAAAUUUUUUCUUAAGGUUUCAGAAUUAUUUGAUAAGACACGGAAGAUAGAAGCACGAGUAUCUGCUGAUGAGGACCUCAAACUUUCUGACCUUUUAAAAUACUACUUAAGAGAAUCUCAAGCUGCUAAGGACCUCUUGUACAGAAGAUCUAGGUCACUAGUAGAUUAUGAAAAUGCUAAUAAGGCAUUGGAUAAAGCAAGAGCGAAAAAUAAAGAUGUUCUACAGGCUGAAACCUCUCAGCAAGUGUGUUGUCAGAAAUUUGAAAAGAUAUCAGAAUCUGCAAAACAAGAACUUAUUGACUUUAAGACAAGAAGAGUUGCAGCAUUCAGAAAAAAUUUAGUGGAACUGGCAGAACUGGAACUAAAACAUGCAAAGAGCUGACAGGCAAUUCCAUUGGGUUAUACAUCAUUUUUGUAAUAAAGUCAUCUUUUAAAACCAAAACCCCAGUCAUAUACCGAAUAAGUAUUUCUUCUGCAUUUCUAUCCCACAGUUCUUUCGCUAGAUGUGGAUAGCAUUCUUUUUCAUAAGUCCCUUGGGAUUGUUCUGAAGCAACAUUUGAUCUUGACAGACUUUUAAUAAAUUAACUCCUUUUUAAAAUUAAAAAAAAAGUCCUUUAUAUAAUUAUCUUUGAUUAUUUUAUUGUUUAGAGCAACAGUCUCAGUUUAUAAUCAUUACAAUAUUUUUGUUCUUUUGUAAAAUGAUCUCUUGGUUCUUUUCACUUUACAUCAUGAUGUUCAUAUGUUGGCAUUCCAGGUUUUUGUAAAACUCCUUUCAUUUCUUAUAGCACAACAGAAUUCCAUCAAAAACAUAUACCCUACUUAUUCAGCCAUUCUCCAAUAUAUGGUCUUCCUCUUGCUUUUACAUAUAGUUACACAUGCACGCGCGCACGCACACACACACACACACACCGUGCUUGAUUCUACUGAGUCUAUUUUGCUGACCUACUUUUCUCAUAAUAGAAGCUUAAUAAAUAUUUGUUUAUUUAUGGUUGACAAGUACCCAGUAGUUUGGUGGAAAUCCUUGAUUUGACUAUUUAACAAUGCCAGAACUUUUAUCUUUUCCUGUCAUAUGCCUUAUUUUAUAAAGGUUCCUUUUGAUGAUUAGAAUGAUAUAUUAUAUUGGGAGCAGUUAGGUGGCUCAAUGGAUUGAGAGUUAGGCCCAGAGAUAGGAGGUUGUGGGUUCAAAUUUGUCUUCAGAUACUUCCUAGCUCUGUGACUCUGGGCAAGUCACUUAACCUCCAUUGCCUAGCCUUUGCCACUCUUUUGCCUUUGAACCAAUAUAUAGUAUUUAUUCCAAAAUGGAAGGUAAGGGUUUAAAAACAGAAACUAUAUAUAUUUAAUCUCAUUCACUAGAUCCAUGUGUCUCAAAUAUAUUUUUACAGCAUUUUCUUUUUUGUUUAUCUUACUCUUAAAGUCAUUGAACUCUAAAAGAAGAUUAAAAUCUGACAAUUAUUUUUAUUUCUGUAACAUCUUUUUCUAUAAAAACUUAGAUACCAGUCUAUUAGAGAGACAGAGACGAUUCCUUUGCCUAAUCUCUUGACAUGAAUUUUAUUGUUUUAUCUAAAAUUAUUAUCACAACUGUUGCCUUUUGGAACUGGCCUGAAACAUAUUAACUUUUGUUCUAGUUCCUCAUUUUCAGUUUUAUUGAGUAUUGAUGGUUAUACUUGUUAGGUUUUUGUUUUUCUGAAUGUAAUAUUUUUUAUUAAAAUUUUUCUUAGUGAUUUUCUUUUUCCUGAUAGCAUUUGGAACCUAAUAACUAAUUGUGCUUAAUAUUAAUUUGAUCCCAGUCUCCUUUUGUGUACUCUUCCUCCUGUGAAUCUCAUACCAAAUCACCAAUAUUUAUUUUCUAUAUAUUUAUGUAUCUACAUAUAUUGGGCAUCUAUGUAUUUGGAAAUUAUUUCAUUCUUUGAUCUUUUAUCCCCACCUCCUAGCAAAAUGCUCUACACAUAAUAAAUACUUGUUUAUUGGUUGUCAUAUGUACUUGUGUCCUUGUUAGAAUGUAAACUCCUUGAGAGACAGGAUUAUUUAAUUCUUUUUCCCCUUUAUUUCUAGUGCCUAGCAUUUGCUCUUUGAAGUAGGGAAGUUAAAGAAGGGACAUUAAGGGAGAAAUAUUGCAGUAUUGCUUUUGAGAUACUUAAAGGACAUCUGUUUUAGAGUGUUCCUGGGGCAGCUGGGUAGCAUACUGGAGAGAACUCUGAGCCUGGAUUCAGGAAUACCCGAGUUAAAAGUCUGACUUCACUUAUAUGACCCCCUGGACAAGUUACAUAACCCUUUUUGACUCAGUGUCCUUCUCUGUAGAAUGAGCUGGAGAAGGAGAUGGUAUACCACUCUAGUAUCUUUGCUAAGAGAACUCAAAUGAGAUUAUAAAGAGUUGGACAUGACUGAAACAACUGAACAACAAAAACUAGAGGGUAUAUCAGCAUAGUGAUGGAAUCUGAUAAAAUGUGAGAAUUAAUAGAAGGGAGGAAAAGACAGCUUUCAGGCACACAUAUUUAGAGAAUACAAUAAAGAUGAUGAACUGGCAAAAGAAACUUAGGAGUGAUCAGAAAGAUUACAAGUAAUUUUUUUUAAAUCCAGACAGGAAAAAAAUGUCUGGAAAAGGCUGGGCUUUGUUAUAUGGCUGAAAGGACAAAAAGGAGGGAAAAUUGAUAGGCCAUCAGAUUUAGCAAUUAGAGAUAUUAAUUUCAUCUGAAUAAUGAGGUCAAGAGCCAAGUCACAGAGGAUUGAAGAGUGACAAGGAAAAAAGUGGAAAUGGCAGAAUUACAUAGCUUUUUCCAAGUGUAUGAUUGGGAAACUGGAAAGAUCUAGAUUCAUAACUUGGGAAUUUUUUAGGUUGAGGUAGAGUGAGUCUUGUUUAUAAGCAGUCGGAAAGGAAAUAGGUAGAGACUGAGGAUUGACUACAGAAGGAAUCUGAAAGAUGGUACCUGGGCUGGAGCAUGUGUGUAUAUGAAAUUUUUUGUGACAAGGAUUAUAAUAAAGGAGAGGAGAGUAAGGGCUAAUAUAUACUAGUGUAAACCCUUGUCCAUUCUUCAUAUACAGAUCUCUCAUUGCUGUAAAUUGCUCUGUUCCUGCUGUAUUGAGGAUUUCAAGCAUACACUGUUGGCAAUUAACUUCAACUUGCUUUCUGUAGGAAUCUUCUAUUGUAGGAUCAUAUUUUUCAACAAAGAUUCCUUGGACAAACUGUACAGUCAAAGUAGACUUCCCCACACCUCCUGAACCAAGGACCACUAGCUUGUACUCACGCAUGAUAUGGUCUGUUCAAAUGCUGAUAGUCUUGAGAAAUGGUAGGUUCUUUUCCUCCAAAGUCUGCCAACAGAGGCUGGAUUCUUUCAAAGUGUUUUGAAUGAGAGAAGAGCCUUUCAAGGUGAAUGAUAUAAAUCUUCUCAAAUAAGUUGGUGAAGUCUUCAACUGAAAAAGAAGGGAGGAGAUGGCAACUGAAGAAAAGCUUUGGAAUAACUGUUGUGAGCAGUAGCAUAAACAAACAGUGAGGACUGAAAAUAUUGCUGUGCAAAGGGCCAAGUUUAGAUAACUAUUGUUUUGUAGUAGGACUUUGUGAUUUGGCUUUAUGAUUUUUCUCUAGCUUCAUUCAGUUAGUGCAGAUAGGAGUAGAAGCAAAAAAUAGUGAAUCUAAACCAAAAUUCAUGUUAGGUUAAAAGCAACAAAGAGUUUGGGGUGGAUUUGGGGGUUGGGGGUGGAGAAGACAAGAGUAGAGGCAGCAACCUAGCUGAACUCUCUGAAGAUUUCCCUCCCAACAACUUUAAAAUAUCAUCUCAAAUUGAACUUUGUAGUGGCAAAGCCAAAAAAAGCUUGAGAUGUGUAAGGGUUAAAAAAUAAUGGUUACCAAAAAAUGUAGAGGUUAAAAAUUAGUGAUUUGACUAAAAUAUAUGAAAAUUAUAAAUAAUAUUGUAGUUGCUGAUUCAAAAUAUUAUUGCUUAAAGUCUAAAUGACUUUAAUAGCUUUUAUUCACAAAAGAGGUGUAAAAAGUGAAAGCAGAGAAAUACAAAAGGGUAGAGAAGACAUUAGCUUAUCUAACUAAAUAUUGCUCUGGUGCUCAACUCAGCCAGAACUUGUUGAACUUUAACUGGAAUUAAACUAUCUCCAGAAAACAGGAAUGGAAAACCAGCGAUCCACUGACCCAAGUUCCCGCCAAUAAUAAGAUCAAGACAAUGACUUGAGCAGAAUCUGAUUCCUGAAGCCUACUUUCUUUCUUCAGCCAAUCUUCUUCUUGAACUGACUUCCUUCUUGAAGGUCAACUCUUUCUUGAAGCCAUCUUCCUUCUUGGAGUUGACUUCUCUAGCCCCAGAAAUUCAGGGCCUUUUAUAUUGGCUUCUUGUCCCUUCCCCUUAUCACAAGGGCCAAUCAUAGCUUCCAAAUUGCCCAGCACUGCCCAGGGGGCAUUGUCUGUGGGAACUACUUCUAACCUUCUGAAGAGGUGAAUACUCAUCAAAAGAAAUGGAUGAGACAUUUAUCCUUCCCGGGGCAACUUAAGAGGGUUAGUAUGAACUCUGUGUGACACUGGGAUGGGAGCCAGGUUAAAGUGAUGUCAAGUGAUGCAGCCAACAACACCAGCAGUAGACCUUGGAGAUGGCUAAAACAGUUACAGCUUUGGGAUCUCCCAAUCUGUAGAUGGUAAUGGAAUUGGACAACUGGUUUGUUUUCAGGAGACCUUGAAGUAAUAUUGGGCACAGAACUGGGAGCUUUUUGGCCCAUAUACAGUUAUGAGUCAGUGUCAGGAUGGAGAGGAGUGAUUGUGAAUGGUUACAAGGGAAAAGGGUCACAGUUCCAUAGAAGAAAGGAACACUAGCUCUUAUAAGUGCAGGAUAUUAAGGGUCUUGGUCACAAUUCCUGGGCCCAAAGGAGUAGCACUAGCACUUGUGACUGCAGUGGGAAGCAAGGGGCCUUCCUGGAUGAAGAUCAGAGUACAGACCAAACCUCUUUCUGAAUCACACCACUUUGGAAGCAAUAAAAACUUGCAGACUCCCAUAAAUAACUGGAAACAGUAGCACACAAAAAGCUUGGGGCAAUGCCUCUUCACCCUCAGGUGAAAGUCAAGAAAUGGGCUGAGAAAAAUGAACAGAUAAAAAAAGAAUUUGACUUAAAAUCUACUGCAGUGGCAGAGAAAACCCAUAACUCGGAACUCAGAAGAAAAUAAGUGUGAAAACAUCUACAAGCUGAGCCUCAAAGAAAAAUUUCAGUUGGCCAUAAAGCCCAACAAGGAUUUCUGGAAGCAUUAAAGAAAAGAACUGUAGGAUAAAAAAUGGCAAAAGAAAUAAGAUUGAUGUAAGAAAAUGAUGAAAAUUAAUUAGCUUAGUAAGUCACACACAAUUCUAAAGAGAACAAUACCUUACAGGAUUGACCAAGUGGUAAAAGAGACCCAAAAAUUCACUAAUGAAAAGAACUUCACAAAAAGAAAAUUGGUCAAAUGGAACAAAAAUUAAUUGAGAUAAAAAUUUCUUAAAAAUUAAAAUUAGGCAAGAGAACAUUAAUGAUGCUGAGACAUUUAAGAAACGAAGUCAAGAAAGUGAAAAAAGAUAGAAAAA